AUGGCUGGAAGAGUCCUAAAGAUGAAGAUGUGGGAUGAUGAUGAAGGUGGCCGAUGGAAGAAGAGUGUCCAAGAGGUUGGAGGCGAGAUCCUCUGCGUAUCUCAGUUCACGCUUCUCGCCUCGACAAAGAAGGGCAACAAGCCUGAUUUCCACAAAUCGGCCAGCGGUGUCAAAGCAAAGGAGCUUUACGCCACCUUCUUCGAGAAGGUGCAGCGGCUCUACCAGCCAGAAAAAGUCAAAGAUGGCGUCUUCCAAGCGAUGAUGGAUGUUGCCCUCGUCAAUGAUGGACCGGUAGGUGAAGACCAGCCCCCGAAGGAUCCCAACGCUCCGGAGUACGGGCCCAUGGGUGUUGAAUACACUUGCCUGGAAGACGAGGUCACCCUCGAGAUUGACACAGAUCCGCCUAAGCCCAAGCAAGACUGGGACCCCAACAUGCCAGGGGGCGGAAAGAUGUUCACGCUGGACGAGCUUGCAGGUGUCAUGAGAAAGUACAACGCCGAGUUUGUACUCCCGGCGGAGCUUCUAGAGUAG